AUGAAAUUCCCGGGCUCAGUCCUCGUCUCCCUCGUCCUCUUCGUGUCCGAGACGCUGGCCGCGCUGUGCCUGAGCGCGGGCUACAGCGACGCGGGGGAACGCAUGUGGCAGGGACUGACGGUGCUCUUCGCCCUCAUACCGUGCGCGCUGGUGCAGCUCAGCCUGGUCUUCAUCCACCGCGACGUGAGCCGCGACCGCCCGCUGGUGCUGCUGCUGCACCUGCUGCAGCUGGGGCCGCUCGUCAGGUGUGUGGAAGCCUUUUGUAUUUACUUCCAUGCUGGCAGAGUUGAAGAGCCCUAUGUCAGCAUCACAAAGAAGAGGCAGAUGCCCAAGGAUGGGUACACAGAAGAAAUUGAGAGGGAAGUGGGACAGGCUGAAGGCAAGCUGUGGGCACACAGGUCUGCAUUCAGCAGAACCUCCGUGAUCCAGGCAUUCCUCGGCUCAGCGCCCCAGCUCACGCUCCAGCUCUACAUCUGUAUCCUGCAGCAGGAGAUCACGGUUGCCAGAAGUAUUUCUAUGGUCCUUUCUCUCCUGUCAAUUGUUUACGGCGCCUUACGCUGCAACAUCCUGGCUAUUAAGAUAAAGUAUGACGAUUACGAUAUCCGUGUGAAACCUGCUGCCUACCUCUGCAUAUUCAUGUGGAGAAGCUUUGAGAUCGCCACGAGGGUCACAGUGUUGGUGCUUUUUAGUACAGUCCUUCGAGUCUGGAUUUUCCUCAUUGUGGUGCUGAAUUUCUUAGUUUUUUGCUGCUACCCAUGGAUUCACUUCUGGCUUAGCAAGUCCCCAUUUCCUGAGAACAUAGAGAAGGAAUUGAGCAGGGUGGGCACUACCAUCGUCUUGUGCCUUCUCACAUUUCUGUACGCUGGUAUUAACAUGUUCUGCUGGUCAGCAGUGCAGGUGGAGCUCAGUGAUCCWGACUUGAUUAGCAAAUCCCAGAACUGGUACCAAAUGACCGUGUACUACAUCGUGCGSCUGAUGGAGAAUGCCUUCCUCCUGCUGAUGUGGUACAUUUACAGAACAGAYUUCUACCUGUAUGUCUGCGCCCCCAUGUUGGUCCUGCAGCUCCUCAUAAGUUACUGCAUGGGCGUCUUCUUCAUGAUGGUGUUCUAUCAGUUCUGCCACCCCUGCAAAAAGCUUUUCUCCUCCAGCGUUACCGAAGCUUUGCUGUCCUGUUUCAAGAUCCUCUACUUUGUUUGCCAGAAUCACAAAUCCACUGUUCUGACAGGCAAAGUAGCAAUGAAAUCUCCUGAAGACACGGAGGAAGCACAGGACAGUAGCAAGACAAUAGAUUCUCAAAAGAGACGUAUUCAUCAAAGUGUUUCUUCCAAUGCCUAGUACAACUGGAAGCAAGUAGGUGCCUUUGGAAAGUGGCAAAUUACCUGCUGGAAACAUUCUGCAUCUUAGACAUUGUGUCUUGUGGAUGAGGUUUCUUUCUUGCAGGUGUAGCACUGCAUGAUGGCUGACAAGCCUGUUGUUGUGGAGAACAGUGUUUAAAUAUUUGUCUGUGUGUGUUUGUGUACAAAGAGUAAUCGUUGUUUGUAGAUUUCUAUUUCAGAGCCUUGUKGCACAUAGGUUUAUUGUCACAUGUUUAUUUUAAGUUAUUAUUGGAGACAUGCUUCAGARGUGGGACUGAUGCUCAUCUUACUCAGGAAGUCUGAGGAUGGGAGGCAAUGAAUUUUAUUUCAAAUAGGAUGUCCCAUGGCAUACUGSCCUAGCACAAAAACAGAACUUAGACCUGGACUAUGUAUGGACUGUAGCUGUGGUCUGCCUUGAUCAAAUUGCAGRCUAUUUUACACUCUAAUCAGUGUAAUAAGGUAAUACUUCUCUAAGUGGUAGAAGAAUUUGACUUGCACAAUGCACUGURGUCUGGGUUGCCAUGAAACAGCCAAUUAGCCAGCACUGACACGGAAAUGUGACUGUUACUGAGGAUGGAYGGAGGGGUUAUUGACUUUGCACUGUUUCACCCUUCAUGUUUACUGCUUGUUAAUAAGGGAAUUGAAUUUAACACAUUAAUUUUGAUGUUUUGGAAUAGCUAAUUUUUCUUUCAUUAUGAUUUAUUUCAUACUUUGUGAUAUUCUGGUUUCAGGGUGGUGUUCACUUUGUAUAAAUAUCUAGGGGUUGGGCAGACAGUAUGUACCAGUCACGUAAGUGCUCUCCAGUGCACAUCUCUGGGGAGUGAUUCACCCRAUCUUAAAAUGGAUGUGAUAUGAAUCAUUCUCUGGCAAACUGUUACUCAGUGUUAACCAGAUGCCUUCACAAUUAGUUCUGACUAUCUAUCUCCCUUUUAGAUGGCUAAAGUUAGAGAGAUGAGCACUACUCAGAUGGUCAGGGGUUUUGYAGUGCACCAAAUAGGCAGCUCACUGUUUUCUUUUGUAGGGGGAUAGGAGACACUGAUUCCAUUUUAAACUGUGAUUUGUUAUGAUUGAUUUAAUAUCAUUAAUUCAAAACCCUCUGGCUUCUUUACCUCAGAAGUAUCAUGACCUUGAAGUCUGAAAGAGAAAAUAGAAGUAAUUGACUUUUUGUUCUCAGCAAUACAUCACCACAAUUAAAAGCGUUUCUGUAUUUUGCAAGUUGCUGAGAAAGCUUUAGCAGAUGAACACCCAAAAAUUUAAUGAAAAUACACAAAACGGUAUGUAUUUCCAUAUGGAUUUUCACAAAUUAAGUGAAAGCUUUUUGCACUUUGUUUAGCACCUUCCUAACAUUUCAGUGUUACAUGUUAUGGCUGCUCAUGGAAACAAAUAACGAAUKAUCCAAAGCAUCUCCCAGUGUCCAAAGCUUAGCCUCCAUUCUCUCAUCAUGCAGGAUGCAAAGCUCUUCAGUAGGGAUGACAUCAGCAUAAUUAUAUUAAAAGUGUCUCAAACUCAGGUCUGAGGUCAUUUAUAAUGAAAUAUGUCACUUGCAGUGCUGCAAAGACCUAACUUGCUUUUCUUUUAUUAUUCUUUACUACACUGUAAAUUAAUGUCUUCAUAUUUCAGUUUUAUAAUGAAGUUAUGUUUUCAUUUUGCUUAAUAUGUGUCUGUGUAUGGUAUGUGUAUGUAGAUGUCAUUAAAUUAUUGGUGGGUGGUAAUGGGAUUUUUGGCCUGAUUUUGCUGUGGGAAUGGACCUCAUAUCUGGGGGGGGUGCCAAACACCUCCGUUCUAAUUUCUCUGAGGAGAAUAGAAUAGUGAAGUGACUCCUUGAAGACACGACUGUUUCUAUCUACCUUUGUAUGUAAAAGUACAGUGUUGUAUUUCUCUGUGCUUUUCUAGAUGCAAAUGACUGUUGUGGGUUUUUUUACAGUAGUGAGUUAAAGGAGCAAGGUAGAAUGUAGUCCUUUCUUCCAAAYCUGCAGAGUUCAGUCCAUGGGCUCCAAUUUUCUGGUGUUUUUAGCCAAAACUGAGUAUCUGUCUUUAUAGCUGGACACUCAUCAAUAUCAAUAAUCAGGGAAUUACAGUGGUUGCCUGUCUACAGAUGUACCCAGGUUUGAAAUGUUAGUCUUUGGAGCAAAAUUUUAAAAGGGACUUCAUAUGUAGAAGUAGUUAAUAUCUAAAGAGAGACCUUAAAGCAGACUUAGGACACUGUAAGUGGUGGUGCCAUUGUGAUUGUGCCAUUUGGAMACAGUGAAAGCUUCACAAACCUCAGCCAGGUUGGUGCUACAGUGAAGUCAAAUGUAGGAGAGUUACACAGCCAGGAGCCCAGAAUGAAUACAGAGUGAAUACCAUUAAACCUCACAGACUAUUGUAUAUGCAUAUUUAAGUGUGUGCCAUAUUACUUCUUAUUUUUAUACCAGUUUCCUAAAGUGCAUGCAUAGGGGGCUGAAUAUUUAAGUCACUGUUAUGACAGGAAAAAAGUAUUUAUAUGGGUUAUAUGACUGUGCUGCUUUUGCCUUAUUUGUGCAGAAUAACCAAAUGCAGUUCAAACACUACCCGAGGGGCUGUGCAGYGCUUCGUGUCACCAUGGCCUGGGGUGGAGCCCAAUCUGCAGCGUGGCUGCUCUGAGCUGUGCUGCCACUGCUGGUAGGAAGGUGUGGGARGGAGUCUGAGAAACAAAGAUGCUGUGUCUGACCAGGGUUUUAAGGGACCAGCUGAUUUUUCUGAAGUGURCUGUAGAGCUAAGAGAGGCAGUUUUUCUCAGGAUAAUGACAGUCUGGAGGGUGUUGUUAUCAGUACACCCAGUGGCUGCCUGGAGAGGACAGUGUUAGCUACAAAAUCUGUCUGUGUAUGAAUGAGUGAUCUCUUGCUGCAAUUUCACUGUGGUUUUACUCUCCUCUAUAAAUGUUAGAGGGGCCUGUUGUUCCAUGGAAUGGUUUAGGGCUGCUGCUGAAAACUGUACCCUUUUGAGCAGUCUUAAGUCACACGAAGGCUUGUUCAGCAAGGGUUAUUCUUGUGUAUAAGAGUAUGCAAGAUUUGACACAUGGGUUUUCUUUUAUACUUGUAAACAACACAAAUUAAAAUGUUG